GAUGCCGGCAGCAGUACCACAUUUGCCGCCAAAUAGAUCGCAUGCCUUUAGUAAGCUUUCAUUGUUACUGUUUAUAACCGGUCGCGACUUCAAUGAUCUAUAGUUUAUUUUACAUAAAUUAUCUAAUGUUUUUAUAGUAGUGCAAUUGAACCUUGUUAAAUAUUUUCAGUAAUAAUAGUGAUACAGUGAAAUAUUUGAAUCAAAAAUUACGUUGUACUUAAGUCAAAUAAACACAUCUAACGUAUUGCUUUAUUACCAAGCGAAUGGAGCCUCGGCCAAGGCACCCAGCGGCUAUCGUCGGAUGCCUUUUAAUAGUUUUUAUGAUUGUUUUAAAUUCAGAAGUUUUUGGUCUCUCCGGUGUAAGAAUGUGGAAUCCGGAAGCUAUUCGUGCCGGAGAAUCGUUACAUUUAUCUUGUGAUUAUAAUCUUGAAGGAACACCUUUAUAUUCAAUAAAAUGGUAUUUCGGCGACGAAGAAUUUUACAGAUAUGUGCCAAAAGAAUCACCACCGACUAGAGUAUUUCCAUUGUCAGGCACAGCAUCUGUCGAUAUAUCCGAGUCAGAUGAUCACGCAGUUACUAUGAACAAUCUACCACGUGAUAUGUCUGGUCAUUACAAAUGUGAAGUGUCAGCAGAUGCACCACUGUUUCAUACUCAAAUAAAGGAAUCAUUCAUCACCAUCAUAGAAGAGCCUAAGUCUCCUCCAAUUGUUUUUGCCGGAAAACUCAAAUAUAGUAAAGGCGAACCAAUUGCAAUUAACUGCACGUCAUACUCAGGAUUUCCGGCCACUAACCUAACGUGGUACAUUAAUGAUGUUAAAGUUACUAGUAUGACAAAACAUGUUGUUAUAAAAUCCCGGGUGCUGACUGAACCUGGUGGAAUGCAAACCAGCAAAUCCAGAUUAGAAACCGUUGCUAGACCAAUAUAUUUUCCAGGUGGUCGAAUGAUAGUACGAUGUGAGUCUAGUCAAUUCGAGCUGUACAAAAAGUACACAGUUACAGAACUCGUCGACGAUUCUCCUAAAAUCGCCCAAAUGAUGAGCCCAUCGACCGUUCUUGGAGCUGGAGGACCCCAAAUAAAUUCAGCGAACUAUUUAGUUACCAGAAAUGCACUCCUAUUGAUAACCAUUUUGGCAAAUCAAUUUAUACCAUUUUUUUCUAGAUAGCUUAUAGAUAUUUUAAUUGAUGUUGUUUAACUUUUUAUUUACCAAGUAUACUUAUUUUAGUUAUAUUUUACAGAAAAAGGAAAGUAAAAAUAAUCAUUAUAUUCUAAUAAAACAUAAUUUUAUAAACUCAAAUUUGUUAGAAAUGUAAAUUCAUCGAUAAACGAUUAUUUUUAUUUGUAUAUUAUGCAUUUAUAGUAUCAAAGUCAUUGUACAUACCAUGAAGCCUUUUUCAUCUUUGUGUAAUAUUGUAUAACUUGAAGAUUAAGUUCUAUUGCUAAUAUGUUAUUAUGAUGUUUAAUUUUUAUUGACAUUGUGUUAUAUAAUUUUUUUCUGAAAUAAAGGUAAUGUAA